GUUUUGUGCAAGUGGAAAAUAUUUAUUGUGUUUGAAAAUGACUAACAUGAGCAAACUGAACCUGAUUUCUUUAACUAAAUUUCUUUACAAUACAAAGCUGUUAGAAAUACAAAUUUCCUUUUUUUUUCUACAAUGACAGACUUUAAAUUUCAGUUGUGACAUUCUUUUGAAUUCAGAUGUUCAUUUAAAAAUAUAAUUGAAAAUCUAGGGAUUAUUUGUAUUCUAUUUAAUUGUUCAAUACAAUUGAAGAUAACUUUAAUUAUAUCAUAAUAGCGAAUCAUAAUUUGCUGGGUGUUCAUGUUCUCCAAAUAAUUUCCUCUUUAUAACUUAACAAGCACUACACCUAAUAGUAUUGUAUAAUUGCUUCAUGGAUACUUCCAUUUUACAUGACUCUAUUUGUAAUCUAAGAAACAAAUACUCAAGAACAUUCAAUCUAUAGAUUCCCGAAUACCCAAGGGAACUGAAAGUGGUGCUUUGGGAGGUGUGCAGUUGCUGGUGAGGUGGAAGAAUUGUAGGAAAAGAAGGGGGAAGGCAAUGAGUGCUAAUUUCCCCAGUGGUAACCCAAUGUGUAUACAAAUUAUGGGGUAAAGUGCCUGAUUUCCUAUAUGUGAAGUAAGCAGGUAAGGUUCCCUGCCCAUAAUACAAAGAUAAGAACAUUUGGUCCUCAUGCUAGUAUGGUGACACUAAAGUGCCUAUCUGUGGCACCUCAAGAUUGACAUUCAGGCUGGUUGAAAAUCCCAGUUUUAUGUAUUGAUUUAUAAGCUCACAUUUCCUGUUUAUUUCUUCAAAAACUACUUACUCUUAAAUCCAAAAUAAGGACAAUGCACCAACAGCUCAUGUUUUUAGGCUAAUUGUUGAAAAUUUGUACAUUGAUGUUUAUUAGAUAUGCAUAUAAUAAUGAAUUUUAAUGCCUUUUGUAUUUAUUUACUAACAGAGGUAAGCUGAAAAGGAUGACCAAUUUGGCACAUUAACCAGUUGCACAUUGCAUCUGAAGGGGGUUUUGCUUUCUUGGGGUUAAAAAGACUGCUUGCUUAAAUGUCGUUUUUCAAGAGUUUUCAACAAAGCUUGAAUUUUCCAUCAGUGUCCUCUUUAGUCGAACAGCUUAGCAGUGUUGUAGAGGGCUUGAGUGAUGCAGUUGGGCAGGCUGGUUAUAGUGUGGCUGAUUCAGUCACAGAGCAGGUAACACAAAUCCUAAAUGGCUUGCGUACAGAAGAUGAAUCUUCUGAAGUUUGUACAGACAAUAAUGUAGCAUCUCCAAGUAUCAGCUCAGAAGCUGAAAUAAAGAAGCUGUCUGCUGAAGCUGGAGAAGAAACAAGAAGCUGCGCAACAAACAAUAACUCGGGCGAGUCGCAAGAUGAUGCGAGGUACGUUGUGUCAGAAACUACAAAAGAAAAAAGGCAGAAUUGGUUGCAACAUCAAUCUCCAGUUUGUAGUUUAACAAGUGAUGUUUCUGCAGAGACAAGUACAAGGGAUUUGAAUUAUAAACAAGUGGAAAACAUUUCCUCUCUAGAAUACACAGAUAUCUCUGACACUAUGGGACAAAAAGAAGCACAGCAGCACAAAACAUCACUAAGUCAUUUCAGAGAAUCAGAGAAGUUAAAACUCACAGAAGUCAAGAAAAGCCCACAGCAGAAACAAGAGAAUUGUGAAGGUGUAGAUAAUUAUACUAUUUCAGGUUGCAACAGUGCUGCACAAGAACCUCAAAUGAUAAAUGAAGAGAAUAAAAAGUUCAAAUGCAUGUUAUCUGAUGUAGAUUUGAAGAAGUCCAAUUAUGAAGUUAAUAAUCUCCCUUUGCAAGACAAAAGGAACAAAUCAAGUAAAUCUAGCAAAUAUAGUACUGACGACAUAAGUAGUCAAAUUAACAACAAUGAAUAUGUAGCUAAUGAUAAACAGGAAGAGGAAGUACCUAAAAAGGGAAAAAGGAAAUCAUCAAUACUUGAUAUUGGAUAUAAUAAAACAACUAAUCAAACUACUGUAGCACUGGAUGCGGAAAGGCAAAAAAAAGAUAACGAAAGGAAAAAGUUAACCCGCUGGCUACUACAUGGUGCAAAGAAGUCAGCAAUUAAUAAACCCGAUAAUUCAGAAAAAUGGACCAAAAAUCUCGAGGGAAUCAUUUCAAAUGAUGAUAAACACUCAGAUCAUAAAAAUGAGUUUCAAAGACAAGAAGUGGACAAAAAAGGAGAAAAUGAAGCCUCUUGUACCAAAAUAUCAGAAAAAAGUGGAAAAGUCAAGAAAGAAAAAAAAGAAAAGAAAACUCUGGACAAAGGUGAGAGCAUUUUUCCAACUUGACCUGCUGAAAAUUCAGCCUGAACUUUUCUGUCAUCAGCACUUUACAAAGAUUCAGAACUUUCUAAUCUAGCCUUCAGAAACACUAUUAUAUGUCUGACUUGAUGUUAGAGAAGUUCUGUAUUUGACUUUUUUCCUCUUCUUCAAGGAUAACUGAAGUAAUAUAUUUUCCAUUGCUGGUUUUGUUAUGUCUGAAAAUGUCUACAAGAAUUUUCAAAUGUUAUGCAUGCAAUUAAAUCAUUUACUGCCUUGAGAUUAUGUGAGAAGUCUGGGACUUAAAAAUUAUGUAGAAAUAGUUCAGCAGUAAAAUAACCACCUCUGAACUAAAAUUCAGGUCAGGCAAUGCUGCAUGUGAUCCUUAGUCCUUACUCUGUUCACCAAUGCCUGCAAGAUCCUGCAAUACGUUGCAGUUCUUCAGUUUUAGACAAAAAUUGUACUUGUUUUAUCUUCCCAGUUUACAUUUUAUAAAAUCACAAGAUACGUUCUACUUCAGUGGAAAGAUGUGUUGAGUGAGUUACAAAGUUGAAACUCACUGCAUUGGACUGUUAGUCAAUAAGAAUUCAACUGGGGUAGGGAAUAAAAAAUAUUGUACAUAAUUUUUAAGUUCAGCCAUAAUAUUGUGGCAACAAGAAGUUGGAACUGAGCUAAAGUUGUAUUGCCACCUCUAUCUCCAGCUACUGAGUGCUAUUUGUGAUUGGCAAGACCUUAAUUGGCCUGGGGGGUACUGCUGGGAUGGAGGUAGGCUGAUUCUGGAGAGGUCACAUUAAAAUGCCUGCCUUCAUAGGCUUCUGUUCCCAAAUCCAUUAGUCCAGAUGGAUAUAUGACGAACAUUGAGGUCUAUCAGAGAAGCCUUAACAAGUACUCAGUUCACUUCCCCACUCCUAUACCCAACAACCUCUCACCCACCCUCCACUCUAAAUGACCUUGCCACAAUGAAAUUACAGUUUGGGACCUACUGUCUCUUUUACCCCAUGGAAAAGUGUUGGAGGGCGGAAAUGGAGGCAGGAUUUAAGGCUAUACUUUUUUUUGUUGUGUAACCUCCAUAUCGGUCUGUUCCUUCUCAAAGCAAGUUAUACAACUUCAAACAGAACAUUAUGAAUGUAUUUGCCCAGAUGUCUCACAAGACCGAAGCAGUCAAAUCACUAUGAACACAAGCCAGUACCAAUGCAAAGCAAUCCCGACUUAUUAGGAAACAAGUUACAAUAGCUUUUACUACAAUUUACUAAUCCUGUUCAGCCCCUUAAUUUUAUAAUACUUCCUGAGCCUCUUGUAGAUUUGUGCAGCCACUCUUUCUGUUUCAAUGGGACUGCAAAGCUGCUUUUUCUUCCUCUCUCUUUCUGGACAUUCAGCAGGUCUCUGCCUUUGGCCAUGCUGGUCUCCUCAGAAGUUCGAAGAGAGUCCAAGAGAUUUCUUUGCAGGUGAACCAUGUCUUUAUACCUUUUUGGGUGGUUUUCUGAAACUUUCUAUAGUUCUGGCCAAUCAGGGAGACAAAUUUAACGGUUUGAAACAUUUUUAAUCAUUAGGAUGGCCUGCUACUGUUUGUUUCUUUCUGUAGCAGGACCCAAUGCCAUUCUGUCUGGGUCCUUCUUAAAUUGGUUGAUAAGCUGUUUGGAGUAUGUCUGUCCAGGAUAACUGUUGCCUUUAUGUUAUGCAAAUAUCAUUAUCACCUGACUGCUGUGUUUGCACUGUGUCUGGUGGGUGGGUUUUGUGACUUCAGAGUUUUACUUGGCAAUUUCUCCAGCAUCCCUUGCUGUUUGACCAAGUUAGCAAUCUAUCUGUGUUUUAGCAGCCAUGCAGCUGCUAUAUUUGGGAUGGCCCAUGUAUUUUGAUUGUUAGGUGAUUGGCACGAUGCCAGAGCUUAGAGGGUUAGAGAAGAACUUGGAUGGAAAUAUUAUGUGAUGGUAGUGGUCCUGAUCACCUGAUUGGAGACUGGGAUGCGCAAACCUCUGCUUGGCUGGAUGGUCCCUAUUGGUUUAAUGGCUGUAGGCAGCUGUAUAUUCCCAACAGUGCCACCAUACGCAAUGGCUACUGCUGGCAGGGAGUCACCAACGAAGAGAGGAUCCUUUUGCCAGAUAUGCAGAUGCCUUCAAGGCUUAGCAGAGGUUGGGAUUUGGCAAAUCAGUGAUGAGGGGAACAUGGAAUGAGGCAAGGAGACUGCAUGGUUGGGGUUCUCUUUUGGGAACAGGUUGUCCAAACUGGAAGGGCCCAAUUUACCUCCUCACUUACACAAAGGGCAUUAGGUGGUCGGUGGUGAAAUACCAGCAGCAGCAGGAAGAGGCUCUUAGGUGGCCAUUAUUAUGAUUAUGCCUCCCACCAUCUGCCUGCCUACUUCCAGGAGGGUCAUAAAAUUCCAUUCUUGGUGUGAAAGGGGUGAAUCCAGUUGUGAUGUAUACGUAGAAACAAGAUGGUACGUAAAACUAAGAUUGUGUGGGUCCGCAGAGAGAAAUUGAUUAACUGGAUUUUAAAUGCAUGUGUAAAACCUCAAGUAAUCUCUGUACUACUAACUGAGCCAAGUUGGUAGAGGGUGAAACAGAUCAAAUAAUUAAAUGAGCAGUUCAAAGAGUGCUAUUGGAAGGUGUUUCAAUUCAUGGUGUAACAUUUGAUUAUCUACUAUCUGCUCUUUUGAUUAUCUUAGAAAAGUUCUUUUAAUCUGGUUUUAUGUUCCUAAUAUUUUAUAUCACUAUCUUUCUAUUUGUUCCUUUCUUGUAUUAACUUUUUGUUUGCUCUUUCCUGCUUUCUAAAAAUCUUCCAGUCCUCAAAUUCACUACUGUUAUUUGCAAUGUAAUAAGUAAUGUUGAGUCUUCUUUUAUUGGAAUGUAUUUGUGUCAAAAUUUGAAUGUUUCUCACCGUUUAUAUAUGGCUAUUUCAGUCUGUUUACCCAAACUGUCUUAACCAGUUCUCCCUCCUCAUACCUGCAUAAUUGUCUUUUGGUUAAGUUUAAAAUUCUUAAUUUAGACUCAGAUUUUGUGUCAAAAUUGAUAUGGAAUUAAAUAAUGUUAUGAUAAUUUUCUCCCAGAAAAUCAUUUACUAUUCCAUAAUUAGUUAUUACUAUCUCAUUACACAAUGCUCUACAAUAUAUGUAUUCCUAGUUGGUUCCAAAAUGUAUCGACCUCGGAAACUGUUGUGAAAGCAUUCUCCAAACCCAUCUUCCACACUGCCUUUUUCAAUAUAAUUUACCAGUUUAUAUGAAUAUUAAAGACCCUAAUUUUAUCACAAUGCCUUUGUUACAACUAUGCUAAGUACACUGGUUAUAACUAUUCACACCAAUGUUUUCUGACCAUUGUUACUCUUGAUCUUUAGCCAUUCUGAUUUUACUUCCAGAUCUUCUAAGCCAAUCUUCCCUUCUUACAACUGUCCUUAUUUCAUCUUUUACUUUCAUGAUCCCCCUCCUAAUUUUCUAUUCUGCCUGUCUGUUGAAAUAUUGGAAAGCCUGAAAUAUUUAUUUCCCAAACCCAAUCAGCUAGUAGUCAUGGGCUGGAUUUUCAAAGCUUGUUUGUGAAUCCAACCCUGACUGAAUUCCAGGUUCUAACUCCACACCCGAACUGUAUCAGUCUUGUCAUGCUACUUUUAAAUUUGCAUUAUUUGAUUGGUCAGCUGGUGAGCUCGGCAUCCAAUGCAAGGCACCAUGUCACUCCGAGAAGGCAGGAACUGCCUGCCUGGAAACAGAAGAAAAGGAAAGCAGUAAUCUGGAGGCUGCUGUUAUCUUGCAGGGAGAGAAUACAGCUCAAAUAAGGUGGUACAAAGUGAUCAUUGGUGAUAAUUUGACAUAAAGUUAUUGACAUGCUGGUUGUUGACUGCUCUAAUUUCAGAAAAAUACAGAGGUGAAAAUAAACCUCUCUCCCAGUUCCCAAACAUCUCUGUUACAUUCUAAAAUUCUCUACUUUGUUCAGCAUUGCCUGGAAAGAAGACUGAAAAUCCCACUCCGUUUCUGAUAGGCCCUUUAACACGUUGCUUAAAUAACUUUAACAAUCAUUUACUGGUAGCAAGAAGGUUUCUCAUUCUUUCCCUCUUGCAAGCCCUUUCAAAAUUCCAAGCUGCCCUUGACUUGGCAGGAUCAAAUGUCUUCCUCUGGAAAUGCAAUUUUUGAAACUCAUGCACCCAUUUUCAUCUCCAUUGACAAUUAAAAAUAUUGCCCCAUAUUUCUGUAAUGGUGAUUAGAUUAAACCCAUUUAUCUGAAUUUGUGUUGCUAGUGUGCCUAGAGUAUAAUAAAUGCCUCACAUAUUCUGAUAAAGAGAAUUUAAAAAAAAAUAUUCUUUGUAUGUUCUUCUGGUAAUAUGUUACUUACCACUACUUUACUUUUAUGUUUGUUGAUGCAUUGGUAUAUUGCCAAAAUUAGACAUUGCAGUAUUCAGUGCAUUUUGAGAAUGAACAUUGCAAAUCUCUCAAUGUUUUUGAUUUAUCAAAGUGUACCUAACAUAGAGCAGGUUUUAAUGUAAAUUGGGAAGAUAAACCCCAGGGUUUGGUCAAAAACCCAAGGUCUGUAGCUUAUUGUCUUGCCUGACACCAAUGAACUGAGUAUACUUGAGGACUGCUUCUAAUGUUCUUGGACCUGAAUGACUCAGAAAUUGUGACUUUACUGUUGGACAAGUUCGACAUAAUUUUUAAGUUCAGCUAUUAAUUUUAUCUGCUAAUACACAUGUUUGUCCCUUCCUGUCUCGCUGUGCUUACCUUUUCUCAAAUCACUACAAUUCUUUUUCUCUUCAGAUUUCUAAAUUUGCCUUCACCUGACCCCUCCAUAUCAUUCCCCAAUUUUUGUUUAAAGCCCUAACCACAGCCUGAAUUAUAUAAAGAGUGAGUCUUUAAACACAUUAUUUUUGUGUCUCUUUUCAUAGUAGAAGAACUAAAUUACAUACAAGGAGUAGAGAAUAAGCAGGGGAGUAAUAAAAAUUUAUGAACUUUAAAUAUCUAAUACCAGCAAUGAUUAAGUGUUCGAGGGUCUACUGAAAGCUGGCAAAUGUAUUGGAGCUGGGGUUCUAAAAGAGGCAUCUAGAGAGAUAUUGGAUGCAUUAAUUAUUAUUUUCCAAACUAGAGGAAAACAGUAAUAUAGGAAUGGCAGGUCAGUUAGCUUGACAUCAGGAAAAUGCUGCAUUUUAUUACUAAUCACGUAUUAACAAGGAGCUUAGAAAAUCAUAGUUGGUUAAGCAUAGUUUUAGGAAAGGAAAAUCACAUUUGACCUUUUAUUUUUGUAGAUGUAUAUCAAGGUAGAUAAAAGUAAAUGAAUAGAUGUGGUAUAAAUGGCUUUCCAAAUUUUUUGGAGUGUUGUGGUCCUCUCCCCUGUGUCUGGAUUUGGUGUUUUCAGCAACUGGGUGUGCAGAGUAACGUGUUGGAUUCAAGUGGUUAGAGGGGAGGGCUAAAAGGUGAUAGGAUGUUUUUGGUGGGACCCACAAAGAAGUUCCCUUUAUGUACUGACACUGUCCCAUGAAGCUGAAGCUGCACGGCAACCCAUAUGAUGUGAAGCUUCCCCUGCUGUAAGCAAAAUUUUUGUGGUGGUGAGAUUAGGACCUUACAUUGCCAUUAAUUGGUCAGGAUUUCAAAAGGCUGAAGGCAGCUUGGUGCCCCCCCUGUAAAUUUUAGGUGGAUGAGGAGGGGCAUGUAGUUGGUGUGAAAGCCACUCACUGGAUUUUACAUGUUUUAAAGCCCACAAGCAAAGGGGUGUAAAAUCCAAUACAAAGAGUAAUGGUUUAAGGACAAAAGGGGAGAGAAAAGGGCCCCUCAAAGAUCAGCAAGGCAGCCUUUGUGUAGAGCCGCAGA